CUCUGAGAGGGCUGGAGACGGUCGAUGCGACUUUUCUCGCGAGCGAAGAACCAGACACGAGUAAAACCCGUCAAACCUGAAUUGGAAUUGAAAAUUAACAACCAUUGAACAAUUUGGAAGGUGCACACUUUGCAAUCUUUGUUUAUCUCUGAGGCACGUGGUCAUUUAGGCAGAGGGGCUGAAUUUUGAUGAGUGACUAUCUUUGAAAACCGCUGUACCGAUGAACAAAAUGGAGUCCCUUCGUAUGCCUUUCGCAGCCUGGUUUUUUAUCUGGUUUGCCGUCUGUGAAAUUUGGAUUGUUUCUGCAGACCUUCCAGAUGAGCCAAGUUUCCGACAAAAAAGGUCGCUUGUGCAUGGGACUACAUGUCCCAAGGGUACUUUUGCCAAAGACCUUUUCUGCGUCAAGCGUUGUGGGCCCGGCCUCUAUGGGAACAUCAAAACAUGGACCUGCGAAGAGUGCUCCAAGCAAUGCAGAACGUGCUCUGAUGGCACGCGGAACGAUAUUUGCACGAGCUGCUUGAAUCCUUAUUAUUUGAGCGAUGGCGUUUGCCUCGCUCUCUGCAGGGCGGGGACCCUGAGCCAGGGGCCGCCCUUGCGUAACAUGAGACUCAUAGGAGGGCAGACCCAAUUCGAGGGGCGCCUGGAGGUGUACAAAUUUGGUUCCUGGGGCACUGUUUGCGACGACGGUUGGGACAUUCUCGACGCCUCUGUAGUGUGCCGUGAGCUCAUGCUUGGGGAGGCCCUAGAGGCCGUUACUAUGGCAGGAAUGGGACAGGGCUCCCCAUCGCAGAAAAUUCAUUUGAGUGGAGUCGCCUGCAAUGGAAACGAGACUCGGUUAGAUGCUUGUGCGCAUGCGCCUUGGGAACAUAACGGUUGCGGCCAUUUUGAGGACGUCGGCGUACGAUGCAGUGGACCCGAUUUAACCAGGCGAUGCGUGAGGUCGUGUGGGGCUGGGUACUACCUCGUAGCCGGGCGACAGAAGUGCGACACGUGUGAUAGUUCGUGUUUGACAUGCGCGAACUCUUCGGAUUCGUGUUUGACAUGCGACAAACCUUUAUUUUUAUCAGGUAACAAAUGCCUUGACGUGUGCGGUGACGGUUACUAUGGUGAUGCCACUAGCCGCAAGUGUCUCAGGUGCGAUCCUAUUUGCCGAACGUGCUCCGGGAACCCCUCCAACUGCACGAGCUGUCCAUUCACUCCCGAUCGCUAUCUGUUCAACAACACGUGCCUACUCGACUGCGGUAAGACCCACGUGAUAGAGUAUGCGACCUUGCGGCUGAGUGGUAAGCGGAGCUCCCCGUACGAAGGGCGCGUGGAGGUGCUUCGUGGUGACGACUGGCUCACCAUCUGUGACGAGACUUUCGACUUCCGUGAAGCGACAGUCGUGUGUCGACAGUUGGGCAUGGGACGCGCGAUCAAGUCGGUACGAAAUGCGGGAUUCGGCGCAGGAAAGGGCCGCAUUUGGGUAGACAAGCUUUACUGCACGGGUGGGGAGAGCAACAUCUUUGACUGUCCCAUGAAGCAAAUGCACUGGAAUUCCGAAUGCUACCACGUGAAUGACGCCGGAGUCAUCUGCUCAGGCCCGCAAACAGGAAGCCCAAUGAGCAACACGUGUAGACGAAGUUGCCAAGAAGGAUAUUACAAGAACGACUUGGAUAUCUGUAAGAAGUGCUCAAGCCAGUGCGCAGCAUGCAUAGGCACCAGUCAGCGAUGCACAAAAUGCUCCGCACCCAAGUUCCUAUUGAAGAACAGUUGCGUGACACAGUGUACGGCGGCACAGUACGGCAAUACCGUGACUCGUGAGUGCUCUCCGUGCGACACGAGUGUGUGCGUGACGUGCGCGAAUGGGCCCAAUGGUAGGAACUGCUCGUCGUGCGUUGCACCGCGUGCUCUCAAGGACGGCGAGUGCAUGGACACGUGUGCACCCGACUUGUACGAGAAGUCAGGAAAGUGUGUGUCUGACUGCGGCGAAGAGUUUUAUCAAUACGCCGGCAAUAACACGUGCCUCGCGUGCCCCUCCGAGUGCUUCCGAUGUGUGUACGAAGCGUCGCUCGGCAAGCCCCGAUGCACGUCCUGCAAGCCCCCGAAAGUUUUCCAAAACAACGCAUGCAACAAUAACUGUACCGCUGACCAAGUAUCGGUGCCCGUCCUCGAUCGCAUUGGCUCGGCCACCAUUCGGCUAGUCAAUGGUUCGGACUAUUUAGAGGGCAGAGUUGAGGUCUUCUACAAUGGCGAGUGGGGCACUGUCUGCGAUGAUAGUUGGGAUUCCAAGGAGACCACUGUGGUCUGUAGACAGCUGAAUCUUGGUGAGCCAGCGCUCAAACCGCUGGGUACGAUCGCGAAAGGCACGGGUCGUAUCUGGCUGGACGACAUGUGGUGUAUCGGGGGAGAGACGUCCCUGCAGCAGUGCCGACACCGGAAGUGGGGCGAAACCAACUGCAACCACAACGAGGACGUCGCCAUACGGUGUAAGGGCCCGGGCAUACGCAGAUGCGCGGAAAAGUGCCCUGACGGCCAGUACGCCAGGGACACCUUGUGUCAGAUGUGCGACCAGUCAUGCGCCACGUGUGUAGAUACGGGUACCAAGUGCCUCAAGUGUGCAUCCGGGUACUACCUCAAUGGUACCAACCAGUGUCUGAAAGAUUGCGGCCCGGGUUAUUACCUGAAUGGCGCGCAGACGAAAUGUUUGAAGUGCGAUUCUAAUUGCGCCACCUGUGAGGAAAGUAGCACUAAGUGUACAUCUUGCCAGCCGCCGAACUUCCGUUUGGGCAACAAGUGCCAGGCAGACUGCGGGGCUGGCUACAAACCCGCACCCACCCACGGCAUCCGGCUAGUGAAUGGCAAGACGUCACUUCAAGGCCGCGUUGAGGUGUUGUUCAAUAACAAGUGGGGUACCGUGUGUGACGAUGGAUUUGACUUGCGUGACGCUACCGUUAUUUGCCGAAUGCUCAACUUUGGAAACGCAACUGCAUAUCACACAGCUGGCUAUUUUGGGCGUGGCACAGGGGACACGUGGCUGGACGAUCUCGAAUGCACAGGUAAUGAGAACACCUUGUCCAAGUGCAAGCAUCGAGGUUGGGGCAUUGAGAACUGCGAGCACAGCGAAGAUGCAGGUGUCACGUGUGCAGGUCCCGACACGUCCCAGGACUGUAUUAUGAACUGCGGGCCAGGCUUUUAUAAGAACGAGAGUGCGCGAACAUGUGGCAAAUGUAGUUCCGACUGUAAAGCAUGUGAAGUCUACCCUGAUAACUGCACUGAGUGCGCGGCGGGGGAGUUCCUGAACAAGUCGGAUGUGAGAAUGGUGUGUGUCCAGGACUGUGGCACAGGAUUUUUCCCGCAAGACAAAAUGUGUGUCCAGUGCGCUUCGCCCUGCUUUACUUGCUCGGGGACAGCAGAUAAUUGCACCGGUUGUGGUUCAAAUCAAGUGCUAAAUAAUAACAAGUGUCAGAAAACCUGUGGAGCUGAUAGCAUCGUGAGCGGAGUGUCAGACAUUAGGCUUGUUGGCACUAACUCCACUUUUGAAGGUCGUAUUGAAAUAAUGUACCAGGGCGCUUGGGGCACAGUCUGUGACGAUGGCUUUGACCUGAAUGACGCGACCGUCGCUUGCCGUCAUCUAAAGCUCGGGAAAGCUUUGUCCUUCAAGGGUGCGGCGGCGUACGGGGCAGGCAACGGCAAGAUCGUGAUGGACGACCUGCAGUGCAAGAACACAGAAAAGAGUUUGUUCGAAUGCAAGCAGCAUCCAGCUGGUGUUGGGCACAGCAAUUGUGGACACGCAGAGGAUGUUGGUGUCCGCUGCUCCGGACCGGACAUGUCUAAAAAGUGCGUCAAGGACUGUCCAUCCGGUUUCUAUGACGACAACCACGUGUGCAAGCGCUGCGAUCAAAACUGCAAGGAGUGCAUCGGCGCCGCUGACCGGUGCAUCAAGUGCGACUUACCCAACUUCCUGAACCAACAGACCAACAAGUGUGUGGACAAGUGUCCUCUUGGUAACUAUGGCAACACCAAGAGUCGCACUUGCUGGCCGUGCAGUAGUAAGUGCCAGACGUGCAUGAACGGGGAGACGGACGCCAUCUGCAAGAGCUGUUCUCCAGGACUCUUCCUGUAUGAUUCUCAGUGUAUCACACACUGCGGCGACAUGCAGUCUGUGGCUGACCUCUUACCCACCCGUCCUGCCGUGCCCACCGUCCGCCUGGUUGGAGGGAGAAACAAGCAGGAAGGUCGUGUGGAGAUCCUGCACGAGGGGGUCUGGGGCACUGUUUGUGACGAUGACUGGGACAUCAAGGACGCGUCAGUUGUCUGCAGGGAGCUGGGCUUCGGUAAAGCGCUCAGGGCAACCAAGCAUGCUGAGUUCGGAAAAGGCGAAGGCAUGAUUUGGGCUGAUAACGUGGACUGCUAUGGCUAUGAAAGCUCCCUGAGUCAGUGUCGUAAUCAUGGCUGGGGUGUUAAUAACUGCGACUUGGGCCAUGGCGAGGAUGCCGGCGUUGUUUGCGACAACAGUACGAUAGAAGAUGUGGCAAACAACUACUGCAGAAAAGUCAUAAAAGGCAAGUGCCAGGACUCCUCACUGUGUUAUAAUGGUGUCACGUGCGUCGACCUUGAGCUACUGACCAAUAAGCAGAUCGAGGGAUCCAUUUGUCUGCAGUGUCCGGACGGAUACAUGGGCGACGGAGAGCUCUGCAGAGUUAUCGCUUCCAUUGCGCCAGAGUUUCAAGUGCAGCCUGCCAACAACAUCACCACUACCACAGAGAGCGCCUUCCGCAUCGGCUGCCGAUCUGUACCACCCGUAGUCACCCCCAUCAUCUCAGAUUGGCUCAAGGAUGGCAAGCCCAUCGAUGAGAAUGACGUCAAGUCUCUGCGGAUCACCACGGACACAAGUGGACAGCUUGUGGUUAACAACGUUCAGAGAUCGGAUUUUGGCAACUACACGUGUGUGCUCAAGAACAGCGCAGGAUCGAUUUCUGCGUCCACGAUCGUCACAGUCAACGAGGCCCCACGCGUGGUUGACUUCUCUCCAUCGUUGUUGGCCAAGGGUCAGACUGCCUACAUCUACUGCAACAUCUCAAGCUAUCCAACUGCCAACAUCACUUGGAAACGCAACGGAGCCGUGCUGAAAGGUUCGCGUUAUAACGUGUUCACGAAUAACUUCACGCUUGCCAUCUACAACGCUGUCUUCGAGGAUUCAGGACAGUACGAAUGUACAGCACAGAACUGGCUGGGAACAGCCUCAGCCAACGUGUCCGUCUCUGUCGGGAUGCCAUCGAGUAUUGCCACGGCUCCAAGCAAGACAGUUGUCAACCCUUCGCAACGUGUAACGCUCAAAUGUAACGCAACAGGGCAGCCUCAGCCUGUGGUCACGUGGAAGAAAGACGGCGUGACCAUCAAGACAGGCCCGAACCGCGUGGUUGAGCCCGGGACUUUAACUAUAGGAGUGGUCAGCAGAGCAGACACCGGAAUGUAUGCGUGCAUUGCGCAGAACCCGCAAAAUAUCGCCACCGUGUUUUCAUCAGUGAUUGUCUCAGGGCCCCCGAUUAUAAACCGACCACCUCAGAAUAUCUCCGUGCUGACUGGCGCAAACGUGAGCUUCUUAUGUCAAGCGAUGGGUUCCCCGCCGCCAGUCUUCACCUGGUACCACAACGGCAAGGAAAAAAACAAGGAUAUACCAAGUCCUGGAACCGAGGUUGUGAAAGAAAAAUUGACUCUAAAAGGAGUGACGAUAGAAGACGCUGGCACGAUCAGGUGUGAAGCCGUUAAUGAGUUUGGCACGGCUUCCAGUACGGCAUUCCUGCUUGUCGACGGUGAAGGAGAAGCGAUUGUCCUCGGAAGAACUAGCCCCGACAAGUCGACCAGUACCGGCACCAUCGUAGCCGUAGUCGUCAUCCUUCUUGCCGUCAUCCUCGUCAUCGGGAUCGUAGUGUUCUGCAAGUACUGGCGGAAUCGGCACCAGGCCACCGCAGGCUACAGGUACGAGAUCGGAGGGGACAGCGGUAAGCCCGGCCGGCUGACGCAGCUCAAGCUGAGGAUGAGUUCGGGGGCGUCGAACCCCAUGGGUACAGAUCCCGUAGAUAACUUCGACGAUAACAAGCCUUUCGUCGACCACGAAGCGUUAUAACAGAGUAAGAAAAUAGCACAACAAGCAACACAGGCACAUAUGCUCAGAAUUGGCUGAUGCAUUACCGACACUAUGUGCGUAGCUUAGGGUGGGCGCAACCCCCCACCCCUCCGGCUACCAAAAAGCGCUCUUAUUUUAUGAGAUCUAUGCCUGCGCAACUCACCCCCCCCCCACCCACCCCCACCCCAGCCGUGCCACCGCCCUCGGCAAAUCCUGGCUACUUGCCUGUGCAUACAGUGGGCUGUAAAAGUGUAGCAAAUUACCAUUGCGUUUCUUUUUCGAGAUCCAUAUUGCGUGACAUACCAAAUAGCUUUGAAGAACUGUUGUUGCGCGUGACGGACUCUUACAAAAGAUUUGUCACGUUCUGUUUAUACCUAGGCCUAGUUCAGACUCCGCUCUUUUCAUGUACCGUCCCAAAUGCAUAUCAACGAAGUAGGUAUUCAUCUGCAUUAGAGCCCCCGAAUGGUCUUGCAAGCACCGCUUUUUUUUUUAUGCGAGAUCGAUCAUUUUUAGUUGUUGAAAAAAUCGAGCAGCGAGCACAUCGAAAAAUACAAUGCGAGCACGGCGGAAAAAAUGGGCGAGCAUGCGAGCAUUAGCCGAAAACUGCGAGCACAUCGAAAAAUACAAUGCGAGCACAGCGGAAAAAAUGGGCGAGCAUGCGAGCAUUAGCCGAAAACUGCGAGCACAUUUCGGGAGACCAUUCGCGGGGGCUCUUGCAUUCGCACUUGUUUACAUUCGGAACGGUACAUAAAAAAAACCUUUACCAGGCCUUACAUGACUCGCCCCAGGCAUGAACGAGGCAUCUUCCAGUCCUACAUAGUUUAUUGCAGUCAUGUGGUCAGUCUGGGAAACAAGUGACAAGGAGUGUGAAACGGAUGGUUUUCACCAGUUACUCAAACCUCUUUCUCACUCGUUUUGCUUUAGUUUUUUCAGAUUAACCGGCUGCUCCAUAAGAUAGGUAUUCUAUUUUUUUAUUUUUGAGAUACUUGACACAAUUGUAAUCUAUUGUGCUUUGUGAGAGCAUUUUAAAACAAUAUUUUGGAGUCUAUUUAGGUAUACUCUUCUCAUCUUAGGCUUUUUUAUUUUUCUUAGGAUUUUUUAACAUUUUAAAGAUCUUUAAAGCUUAGAGGGACUUUUUAGGUUUUAGGAAUUUGUUAGGGGUUAGGCUAUAAGAUUAGUUAAGUAAAAUAUGUAUGAAAAGAGUAAAAUAUUUUUUCGUUAUUUGUAAAGUGAGGGAGAAGCUGGGCUAAUGCCUUUUGGGGGGAAAACUGGUUCGUUUUACUAGAAGAGGAAGCCUUGUUGAGGGGAUUUCUGGAUCGCUUGGCUUGAUAAAGGAGUCAUAUGCAUCACUUCGAUCCCAUAAACCCAUCCGAAAAUAUGUUGAACCCAGUUUCUACUCGUCUUUGACAGUGCUGAAAAACGCAUAACUAGUUCCAGUACCGCGCAGUUAAACCAACCUUUUUGUUUAGAAAUGGCGGCUUUUUACCGGCGAUCUGUCACAUUUUGUCAAAUGCUAUAAAGAGAAGCGCAAACCUAAGGCUAUAAUUGUCACUCCCUUAUUAUUAAACAAAUCUGUAAAAAAAAAUUUGUACAGUAUGGUUUUAAUGCUGUUUACUUGGUCAAAACGGCCACUGAAGUCAACCUUUCGCACCUUUACUCAAAUGAUUCAACAUUACGAUUGUGGUAGUUUUCGCUAGAGCACGCGCAUGCGCAGACGUUAUUCAGCACUGUCAUCCUCGAUUAGUCCUUUUGAGCCCAAGAAAGAGAGCUGGUGACUAGCAUUAGUCACGUGGUCUCCAAGCUAAAUUUAGAUCUGUUUUUGAUUUAGCUUUAUAUUUUCUUUAAUUUUAGAUGUCAUAUAACGAAUAUCAUUAUUAAUAUUAUUUUAAUUAUUCAUUGUAAUCUUUUUUAAUUUAAAAAUUAAAUAUUUCCAAAGCUU